UCUAUAACUCACGCAUGGCUGACACGCACUUUCUCCCACCCUUUGGACCAUUUCCCUUUGAGGGGUACGGUGGUUCGCUUUCCUUGCUUUAACCUCCCAACUGAGAUGCCGAGAAGCCAGUGUGAGAUGGGAGAAGAAAGAUCGAUGGGCAGCGGUGGCAGUGGCGAGCCGACGGCGGCCUGCUCGACUUCGGCGGCGGCGUCGCCGACCGGGGUGAAGAGGGGCAGAGACCCCGAGGAGGAGGUCUACCUGGACAACUUCCAUUCGCACAAGCGUUAUCUCAGUGAGGUACCACCAUCACCACCGAUAAUGGCUUCCAGCCUUAAUGGGUUAUCGGUUGAAGAUUCUUUAGCUGCUGAGAAUCUCAUGGAAUCUCCGGCCAGGUCUGAGAGUGCUUGUUACCCAAGGGAUGAGAUUGCCUUGCAGUACUCUCCAAUGUCUGAAGAUUCAGAUGACUGCCGUUACUGCGAAACCCCAUUGCACACCACAAUUUCACAGUCCGAUGCCAUGAGCAGUCCCACUAGUCCGGUCUCACCACACCGCCAUCAGAAUCCUUUCUCGACAUUCGCCACAGCCACCCAAUACCCACUCAAUACCUGCAAUGUUGCUGCUGUCAUGUGUUCCCAUCCACGCCAACGUGGGUCAGACUCGGAAGGCAGGUUUCCUUCAUCACCGAAUGACAUGUGCCACACAACGGACCUAAGGCGGGCUGCGCUUUUGCGCUCGGUGCAGAUGAGGGCACAGCCACAUUGUUCGGUGGCAUAUGAGUUGCCGUUCAGCAGCGGGCAAGAGAACAUGCAGAGCACCGAACCGGGUGAAGACCGAUCCUUCUCCUGUGUAAAAGGUCUAGACGACGAGACAUGUUAUCAAAGCACUGAGAAUGAAGCGGACUAUAUUGAGGAAUGCUCGUCGUCGUUGGGACGUCUUUCGGAUUCCAAGCUUGGUCACAAAUAGGUUUAAGACCACACAAAUAGUUGCUAACCUGUUAUCUAUCAUGGCUUUUCUCAGGUUUUGUAAUUUGAUUAUAAAUCAGUCUUUUUUCGUUUGUACUUAGGACUUGUGUUGAUAUUAUUGAGGGUUUUGGCAUAUCUCCUAAAUUUUCAGAUGAUCAAACAUAUUCCAUA